UUUCUCAAUAUAACAUCAUUUAUUUGUUUUCACAAAAUUCAGUUUUGUAUCUCUACUACUACUACUACAACAACAACAAAAAGUAUUGCAAUUAAUUAAAUUAUCAAAUUUCUCUCGUUCAAAGUCAUGAAUAAAUCAUCAAACGACUACAAACGCAUAUUCGAAAGCUUCGAUGAAGACAGGGAUGGCACGGUCUCACCACGAGAAUUACAACAUCGUGUCGAGUUAAUAUUCCAUGAAGAAAUUUUGGUUGAAGACUUGGAGAUUGUGGUGGAAUCGUUGUUAAAUGGGAAUAAUGGGCAAUUGGGGUUGGAAGAUUUUGUAAGGUUGAUGGAAAGUGAUCAGAAAGAAGAGGAGAAACUUGAGGACUUGAAAAAGGCCUUUCAGAUGUACGAAAUGGAUGGAACCGAUUGCAUUACUCCUAAGAGCUUAAACCGUAUGUUGAAUCGACUCGGUGAGUCGAUAAGUGUGGAUGAAUGUGUUGGUAUGAUUAAUCGGUUUGAUCUUAAUGGUGAUGGUGUGCUUAACUUUGAUGAAUUUAGAGCUAUGAUGGUUUGAAAUUACUAAUCAAGUGUUUAUUAUUUAAUACCUCAUUCAAUUCUUGCUUGUUAAUUCAAAGAUGAAUAGAUUGUGUAAAUGAGUUCAGUAGUUUGUGACAUUAUCUUUGGAAUUGCAUAUACCUUUGAAAUUGUGUAACUAUAUAUUGAUCUUUUUUAUUUUAUUUUUUCAGUUAAGUU